UGCAAGCUUUCGGGCACAAACACCCUUUAUCAGGUAUCGGAGAAAAGAUUGUAAAAGUUCUCCUGGGUAGAAAUGAAAGUCCAUAUUUCAUAGGAUAUCACAGAGGAGUCGAUAGAUAGAAAACUUGUAUUUCUACAAGGAGUAAGCUAUCAAACUGAAAGAUGGGGCUGAUUCUGUCUUUGGGGCUUGCUGAUCCCGUGCAUCUCCCUCUGAACUUUAAUCUCUGUAAACCCCGUUGCCUGUGUUUUACUAUACAUAACUAUAUGAAAGUUUAUUUACUCAGCAAACUAGAAUGAUUGCACUUUCACCAUUUAAUUUUGGUAAAAAAUAAAUACUGCUAGAGGUGAAGUCUUAUUUAAAAAAAAACCACUCGGGUCCAGAGGCUUGGAGUUAGAGUCCCUGCUUGUAAGUAAAACAAGUUACCCAGCACAGACCUUGCCUGUCAAAUCAACUGUAAGAUUAGGGAAUAUGUGAGCAUGUAUUUUAUAGCCUUCUGAAAGCAAAUGUUUUUCCUUGCAGGUUAUUACAUUGGCAUGUGUUUUGCAGCACCUGAGAAACAGCUUUGCUAUUUUUACCUGGCUCCAGAAGGCUGGAAAAUAUUCUUCUUUCUGGCUGUUGUUUUUCCAACGAUCACCAGCAUCCUGGCGUAUUACUGGUCACGGAACGGUUGGGAUAAUCAUCCUUUAGCUCGGACGCUCGCAGUUCACGCACUCCCGCAGUCCAGUUGGAGGGCAGUGGCUUCUUCCAUCAAUACAGAAUUCAGGAGGAUUGACAAGUUUGCUACUGGCGCCCCUGGAGCAAGGGUGAUUGUCACAGAUACCUGGGUGAUUAAAGUGACCACGUACUGUUUACAUGUUGCCCAACAGCAAGACAUUCAUCUCACGGUGACAGAUUCGAGACAGCAUGAACUUUCACCAGAUUCAAACAUGCCCGUACAGUUCCUCACCAUCAAUGUUGCCAGCAUUAACCCAUAUGUGAAGGCUUUUGAUAUCCGGCUGAAUUCCACAGAGUAUGGGGAGCUGCGGGAGAAACUCCGUGCUCCUAUCCGUAAUGCAGCUAAUGUUGUGAUCCAUCAAAGUCUCAGUGACUUGUUUCUGGAAACCUUUACAUCACUGGUGGAAAUGAACCAGACGUAUCCUGCUCCCAGCAAUCAGGAGCUGGAGCCAUGCAUCGGGUGUAUGCAGACUAAUGCAAACAUCAAGCUUAUAAAGAACUGCCAAGAGCCAAAUGAAGGAGAAUGCCAACAAUGCUACUGUCGCCCAAUGUGGUGUUUGACCUGCAUGGGCAAAUGGUUUGCCAGCCGACAAGAUCAGCAGCACCCAGAGACCUGGCUUUCAAGCCAAGUGCCUUGUCCAACCUGCAGAGCCAAAUUUUGCAUUUUAGAUGUUUGCAUUAUACGAUGAAUAGUGUCUUGGUAUAGUUUACCUUUCGAAAUCUGAAUGCGUUUCACAGCAGGGUUUGAUACAAGCCCUAUUAGAUUCCUUGUUCUGCUGGAAAAGUAGAAACUCUGUUGUUUCCCCUUCAAAAAGGGCUUGAAAAUGUCAGCCUACCAUCUUUAUUUUCACUGUGCUUCUAAAGUUAUCCUCAGUUUUUGUUUCCUAAAACACCAGUUUACAUUCUAGAUUGCUGAAUUUUUUUUUGGUAUUCUUAAUUUCUUUUGGACCACACUUUAAAGCAGUGGUGACCCAUUUGCUUUUCAUUUUGGAUGAAAUCCUGGUAUUCUAACUUUAUUUUAAAUGCUAGUCUAGUUAAAGGGUUUAAGCACAAGUGUUUUUAGCAAAGGGCUUUUUCCUUAUCCUAAGCAAAUUGCUAUUGUUAAGGCUAAUAGGCUAAAAAUCUUCUACCUUUCUUUAUCUUUAAUUCAUUUCCAAAGCCUAUUGUUAACCUUUGUGAGCUUUCACUAAAAGAGAUAUCUCAACACUGUAUUUCUUUUUCUCCUAUCCCCCCCAUCAGAACAGGGCUUUAGAACUUUGGGGCCUGAGUUUUCUUAUCUGUAGUAGUACAUGUGACACCUGUGCUUCUUUUUUAUUCUGUUCUGCUCUGCCCUCGUGUUUACAGACAUUUUUAACAUGCAAGAAAGGUUUAUUAGUAUGUUAUAUGUAGAUCAUUCACCUAAACUGCUAUUGUUUCUGCAUAGAGUAUCUUCUAGUUAAAUACUUAUGUCCCAGAGCUGUUUUACUUGGUAAAUCAACCCUCUUCAGCUGAUAGAAUUUAUGACUUUUACCUAUAUUUGGAAGGAAAGCAGCAACAACCUUAAUUAUUUUAAUAAUGCAAAAGAGUGUUCAACUACUUCCAAACCUAUAGCCUUUUCCUAAGAAACAGGCUUCACCAUGGAUAGGAUUUUGGGACAAGAUAAGGACAUAUAUCCAUGCUGGAUGUUUCAAGUCUGUCAGCACUGAAAUGGCUUUUCAGAUUGGCACUUUAUUUAUUAUUUUCAAGCCUAGUUAUAAGCAUGUCUCACUGUUUUACAAUAAUAAGAGAAUUUUGCUCAGCUCUUAGGACGGGUCUCCAUCAGAGUAAUUUGUAAACAGAUUUUGAACUAUCGAUAGCAAGAACAGAAAUGAGUGUAGAUGGGCCUAGAUUAGACAACACAGCUACACUGCCUGUGUCCUGCUUAUGCCACUGCUUCUAUCACUACUGCUGCAAAUGGAGUGACACCAAUGCAGAAAAACACAGAGUGGGUUUUUUUCCUGUUACAGACAAGACCUAAGUAUUAGUCUGUCUUUCUGUACUGCCUUGUCCAAACCAGCUUUCUUAAUACCUCCAACUGGUGCCACCCUCCAAUGGGAAAGGUACUAAAAUCAAUAAAGUGUCAUUAGUAGGAAGCACUUAAAUCACUGUGUCAUAUAGGACUGCUUUGGACUGGUAUAGAGUGUAGUUUGAAAAAUGGUACCAGUAGGGGAGCUGCAAUAAUGAGAGAUUUAAUUAAAAACCUUUAUGGGGUAUAGACUUAAACUACUUAGAGCCUGGCAUACCAAGUAAUGGUAAUAAAAGUGCCUGAAGUUUACAUUGUGGAGAGGACUUGUGAAAACACAGGUUGAUAUUUCAGUCAUAAAACACACAACAUAAACCAGUUUUUUUUAUUAUAUAUUUGUAAAUGGCAAAACUGCUUUCUUUUAAGUAGGAUAAUCACUUGAGCAGGCAUCAUAACUGUUACACUCAUACUUUUUAUUAUGCAAUACUUGCUAUUAUUUCUCCCAUACAUUAAAUAAUAAUAAUCGUUUUCUGGGCAUGCAUCAUAACUGUUAUGCAUCAUAUGCAACUGUUAUGAUAUGCAUCAUAAUCCUUUUCUGGGCAACCAUCAUAACUUGAGCAUGCAUCAUAACUGUUACACUUGCACUUUUUAUUAUGCAAUACUCACUAUUAUUUCUCCUAUACAUUAGUUAAUAAUAAUUCUUUUCUGGGGCCUAUAUUUCAGCAAUAGCAGAUCAUAUGGAGUAGAAAUUUGACAUAGAGGCUGGCAGAUGGGUUUGAGUCUCUUGCACCAAAAAAAAAUAAGUGACAUUUCCAUUUUUAUUUUAAUAGAAUCAAAUUAAAUUGCUUAGCUUCAGAUAGGUUUGUGCUUAGUCUGAAAUUAUACAAAGUGUUAACCAAAAGUUUAAAAUAUUCUCCAAUGAUUCAUAGGGAGGUAAGUCCUUUUGAAAUUGUGUUAGCAGUAUUCUAACCUACAGUACACCACUAUACAUAACUGAAUUUUGCUUUCUGAUAUGUAUCUCUGCCCCCCACUUUGCCGUAAUGUUUGUAGAUAAAGAUAAUACGCCUCUUAUUUCAGUCAAGUUUGCAAAACAGAAGUUGGAGGGGGUAUGAUUUUUGGAGGAGUUGCCGAAGUAAAAGUCUGAACUCUGGGCCCCUUUGAAGAGAAAAAUAGAGGGCAUGAAGGUAUCGGGUUUUGUAUCAGUGGAGGACAGAGAAGCA